GUUGUUGCGCUUAUUAGCACGCUAGCAAAUUGGCGAUGUUGUACAGUAUUAAGCUCUAAACGAAUUUAUUCGCGUGAAAUUUAUCGUUGGCAAUUUUCUCUAAUCGAAAUCAUCGAUCGUAUGGUAUUUUUUUUAUAGCCUCGUUUGGUAUUUGGCAUGAGGCGAGUAAUCAGCGAAAAAAUUUCGCAUUCGCACCUCUCUGUAAUUAAAAAACAAUCGUCGAUGAUCGUGCGAUCAAUUAAUUCGCGUAUCGUUAACGCGAGAGAUGAGUGCUGGACUGUUGGGGGGCAGGGGACGUCGAUUAAAACCGUAAGUAAGUACUUAAAUCACAAUGUUGCAAUGAAAAUAAUCAAAAUUCCAGCUGCAUUUGGAAUGUCGACUAGUUGCAAGUUGUCUUACGUGUUGCCUGUUUAAAUCGAAGCUCGUUGCUCGUAUCUCGGUCUGGUUUGCUGGUACACAGCGCAGCAUCCAGCAUAUUCUAAUGGUUCGCGUCCGCGUCCUUCCUACACUAAAAAGGUGUUCUCCAGCAAGGCUGACUCCGAAGACUCCAGUUUAAAUCGCCUUCCAAGUGCACAUAUGUGUGUGCUGUGACGAUUAGGUACUUUACUACACUACGGUGAAGUGGUGAACGAGGAAUGAACCGGGAUCGGGGAUUCGAAGCCGGAGCCAGUUCUUGUUGUGUUACGAGUUGGAGUGUUCCUGUGUUUCUCGAGUGCUUCUUGCGCUCUCGUUCAUUAGUUGUUUAUUUUUGUAAUUUUUUCUAAUUCGGUUUCGUUUCGAAUUCGUUUAUGCAUAUUUUUCAUCGAUGUGUUGAAGAAGUCUUACAGUAGUUGAUUGUGUUAUCGUAAUGGUUAUUUAGUUAUCUCAUCGAUGUAUUGUUGUUGUGUCGUUGUAUGAAUAUAUCGAUGGUACUUAUCGCGUUCUUCUUUUGUUAUUAUUUUGUUGGGUGAUUAAAUAUUGUUAACGUACGCGUAAUUUAAAUUUCUGCGUGUGAUAGUGCCAUAUGGUAUUUGCCACCGUCCAAGAAUAAUUUUUCCAGCUUGGUCAAUACUCGAAUACCUACUUAACGUGGCUGUUGUGUUGUUUUUCUCAGUUGUUGAGUGUAUUUUGUGUUCGGAUAUUGGUGCAUUUUAAUACAGCAUCCUAUUCAUCGCUGUUCAGCCAUAGACGAGGAAUAAUAAGAAGUUCUCGGAUCAGAUUUCAAAUUGCAAAUGAUAUUAACCUUUUGCACCGGACAGUCGCCCACGAUUAUAAAGAUGAUGCUAAACAUGAGAAAGCAUUGAACUUGGAUAUGGUGCACUGAAAAAAAUCCAAAGUCUUCGCGCAAAUCAACACGCCUCUAGUCAACGGACAUGUCGUUACGUCUCGGGGCUUGGUUACUACUAAUAUUUACACUAUGCCAGUUCGGAAGCAGGGUCCGCGGUGGCGGAGUCGGCGCUCCCGAUCAACAACUAGUCAUCGCUUCCAGUUCGAGUGGAUCUUCGUAUCCGGGAGGUAGCCGAUGCGAAGAAAUCACCAUCCCAAUGUGCAAAGGCAUCGGUUACAAUUUGACUUACAUGCCGAACGAGUUGAAUCACGAUAGUCAAGAAGAAGCCGGAAUGGAGGUCCACCAGUAUUGGCCUCUGGUUGAGAUCAAGUGUUCGCCAGAUUUAAAGUUCUUCCUGUGCUCGCUGUAUACGCCUAUAUGCUUCGAAGACUUUCACGGUCCUUUGAAAGCAUGCCGAAGCGUUUGCGAAAGCGCACGAUCUGGUUGCGAGCCCUUAAUGAAACAAUACGGGUUCUCGUGGCCCGAACGUAUGAACUGCGAUAAGCUGCCUACCAUGGAGGAGAACCCUUUGUGUAUGGCGCCUCCUCAGCAAAAAUCGGAUCUCGGUUCGGGGCUAGAUCCAACCAAAGGAGGCAAGAAACCACCUAUUCAGUUACCAAAAUGUAAACCUGGUCAGAAGAAGAAAGGCUGCAGAGAAUACGGCGGAGGUGGAUUCGCUAUGGAUACUUCACCAUCCGGUAAUCAAGAGUGUAGUUGUCGAUGCAGGCAUCCUUUGGUACCAAUUGAACACGAUUCUCCUUGGUUUAAUCGAAGUAUAACUGUGGGAGAGGUGAACAAUUGCGCGUAUCCUUGCAAAGGAGCUUUCUUCUUUCCCGAAGAGCAGCAAUUCGCCACUACUUGGAUUGCUGUUUGGUCUGGAUUAUGCUGCGUGGCUACUUUGAUGACUCUGACUACUUUUCUAAUCGAUACAGAACGCUUCAAGUAUCCGGAAAGACCAAUAGUGUUUUUAUCCGGAUGCUAUUUUAUGGUCAGUGUCGGUUACCUGAUCAGAAUAUUCCUAGGACACGAAGAGGUCGCUUGUGAGAAUCGAAUGAUCGUUUACAGCGCCAGUGGACCUAAACCUUGCACACUAGUCUUCUUACUGGUGUACUUUUUCGGCAUGGCUUCUUCGAUUUGGUGGGUAAUUCUUACCCUAACCUGGUUCUUGGCGGCUGGUUUCAAAUGGAGCAACGAAGCGAUCGCCAGCUACUCGCAAUACUUCCAUCUAGCUGCUUGGCUAAUUCCUACGAUGAAAUCAGUCGGCGUACUCAUCAUGUCUGCAGUGGAUGGUGACUCGGUGGCUGGAAUCUGCUCGGUCGGUAACCAGAACCCAGAUAAUCUGCGCAAAUUCGUCUUGUACCCGUUAAUUGUGUACUUGAUCAUCGGUAUUUCGCUGCUAUUCGGAGGUUUCCUGUCACUAUUCCGAAUCCGUAGCGUUUUCAAGAACCAAGGUGGCCUGGGAGGUCGCAGCAAAGCCGACAAACUAGAAAAGCUAAUGAUACGUAUCGGUAUCUUCAGCGUACUUUACACGUUACCAGCUACCGUUCUGAUCGCUUGUUACUUCUACGAAGCUACGUUGUACAACGAAUGGAUGUCAUCGUUAGCUUGCAAUUGCAACGAGAGUAUACCACCGACCAAAAUGAAAAACAAACCGAUAUACGCCGUUCUAAUGCUAAAGUACUUUAUGGCUUUGGCAGUCGGUAUCACCUCCGGUGUUUGGAUCUGGUCCGGUAAAACGCUCGGAUCGUGGAAAAAACUAUGGAAAAGAUUAUUCGGCGGUGGCAGCAGCAAAAACCAUAAGUCGAAUUUAAUCAACAAUGGUACCAAACCACGUGUAGUCAAACAGCAAUACUUGUUACCACCUUCGAUCCCGGUGCCACCAGUGCCAGCUCCUAGUAGCAGUCUACUUUCGGGGCCACAUAUAACGCCGACUGGAAAUUUACCACUAGGAGGCCAUCAUUUAUCCAACGCUAGCAAUUUACACCACCACAUGAUUAAACAGUCGCAGCAAGCGCCUCUUAGUCACGUAUGACAACAAUAUCCUGCCUCGAGCUUGAGUGAUCAAAAACAUCUGUCCGAGAAUUCCGUAGAAUAUGUCCUGGAAGAGGACAUGCGCACAGCGUUUAGUAACUACGGACCUGUUUAAAACGAUCAUGCCUCUCCUUCGCUCGGGCAGGUUUGUCUCUUUUUCAUUAUAGUCUUGUAAUCUUUUUUUUUUAAUUAUUUUUUUUUCUUUCGUGUAUAUAUUCGAGUGUGUGUGUUUGUAUAUAGGUUCUGUCCUUUUUAUUUUA